AUGCGGUCGCUCACCUCCGCCAACAACACGCCGUCCGGCUGCAAUAAUCUUUCGACGGCCGCUGUAGCACAUUCGAAUGAUCCAACAUCAUCGCCAGCCCCCCAGCACCACCAUCAUCGACACCACCUUCAAAAGAAGCCCGACUCGUCCCGAUUAAAUAGAAACAUCAGGCCAUCGUCACUCUCGCCCGCCACCCGCAACCCCGCUACGGCAUCAUCAUCUCAUCCAACAUCUUCUUCUCCCUUAUCGACGCCCUUGCGUCCCUCCGCCGUAAAUCGCAAACCCUCGGUCGCCCAGCUUCGAGCCCGAACCACAAAUAAUCCCGCUAGCACGCCCACCAAGACGACUCCUGCUGCGUCCGCUGCUUCUGGUGCUGCUACUCCUCUUACCACCACCACCACAACCACUACCACUGGCCCACCAACCACAACAGGGCCCCGACGCAUCACAGCUACAACCACCACCAUUGGGCGGAGUGCAACCAAAACAUCCUCCUCCACCUCCUCCACCAAUACUCCCGCCGCUACCAACCCAAACACAACUUCCUCCUCACCAACACCAUUCUCGACCACAACAACGACCCCUUCUACUGCCUCUUCCACCACCACUUCUUCGCGACGACAGCCGCCCGCCCUGUCCUCUAGUCUUCGUACUCCUCUCCGCUCAAGAGACCAAAAUGUCCUGAGCCCCUCUCGCCCUGCCAACGCCGCGCGAGCGAAGCCGUCGCCAACCCCAUCACCUACUCCAUCCGCAUCUUCGUCCGCCGAAUCCACGCCCAACACAAUGCCCCCUUACGACAAAGGGGGCAGCACAACAACCCGCCAGCCGGGCAUGCCCUCUCUCACCGCCAAGGGAAUGAAUCGAACCCCUCUCACUCCAAAGGUCGCUGCGAAGCAACCCCCCGUCGUGACCCCUUUGGGCCGCCGUCGCAACGAUAAUCCCAAUAAUAACAAUCACCACCCGACAUUAAACUCCAACGCCGGAAACGGAGCCAAGGACGACCUGACAAGUCCCGCACCCUUUUUGAGCAAUAACAUCACCCCACGAUCCGGCAGUCGUCAGAGCCGUGUCGACAGCAAUAACAGCACCCCCAACGGCACCCCCAACCCUGACCGAAAUGUCGAUUGGGAUCAUCACCACCAGCCCACAUUUCAGGGCGAGCCCGUAAGGCGCCAGGUCGUUACCUUCAGCCCUGCAUCCAACGUCGGCAGCCGCAACGAUGCAACCGAAUCUAAAUUCUUUUAUGCAAGCGACGCAAAGAGCUCGGCACCCGCUCCUCAGCCGAAGACUGUCGUCGCCGCCCCGCAAAGAGGUUCCAACUUUAUGUACGCCAAUGGCAGUGCAGUUGGGAGGAAUAGUCGGCCCACGUCGCCAGGUGUCGGCGUGAAGCCGAUGCUGGCGCCCUCUUUGGCGCCUUCGCUCGCACCGACACCCGAGCCCCAACAGAGCAAGUUCUUCUAUGCGAAUGGAGCCCCGAACCUGCAGCCCGGCUUUCGGCCAUCGUCUGCGGCAUCCGGAGCCGGGUCAACUACUACUUCAGAUUCGAGAAAGCUCGCUAGGACAUCGGGUGGCUCGGCAGGUGCUUUCACCAUGGCACAACGGCCACUUUCACCCAACAAACCCCCGACGUCUGUCCCGCUGGUCAAGAGCAACAGCCAGACCCGGUCCCAGGUGACGAGUCCUCCGCCGUUGGCACCUUCAACACACAAGCGCAAAAUUAGCAUGGAUUCCGUUUCGCAGGUGGCCAGCCAUGUCGGCUCCGAGGCUCCUACGGAUGCUAUGAUCAUGUCUAGGUUCAUGGCCUCACAGUCACCGACUCCCUCCGAAAUGCCUUCCCCGACAAUGCCCAGUUUCUUCCCUAAUCAGCCGAUCACGAUAGCAUCGAUAUUACAAGCAGCGGACGAUUUGGAGGAGUCGGAUGAUGAGUCUAAGGAUAUGGAGGAGCUCCACAGCCCGACCAAGUCAACCCACGGCGAUCCCUUGAACGACAUGGUGGUGAAUGCGAGACGGGAGCGCAAAGUCCAGGAUCUGGAAAUUACAAACGCCUCCCUGGAGGCAAUCAAUAGGUCUCUCGAAAGACAACUGAGGAAACAGACGGCAGAACUCCGAAGAUACAAGAGGCUAUCGCGAUCCGGCCGUUUGUCAAUGCCUUCUGCUGCACCCAGCCGUGUGCCCUCCGACUCUACAACCGGUGGCCUUGGAAUUGAGGGCCUGGAUCUCUCGGAUCUCAGCGAAGAGGAGGUAGAGGACGAGUUGGAAGACCUUGACGACUCCAUGUUCGAGUCGUCAGAAUUAUCCGACGCAGACUCGGGCGCCAUGGCGAGCCCCAAGUCGAAUCCUGACCGCGACGCUCGGCGUAGGAAACGAGACGAAAAACGACUGCAGCUCGACCUCACUAAACACAGAGAGCUGCUUGUCGACAGCCAGAAGAUCAACCAAAGUAUUAAGAAAUGCUUGAACUGGACGGAGGAGCUUAUCAAGGAGGGAAAGAAGGCCCUCGAGUAUAAUGUCCGACCAAGCGACGUGGAGCUCCCCCCGCGGGUUCUCCAGCCGCUCUACCUACGAGAAGAUGACGUGGACGACAAGGAACGCAAGGGCGAAACAUCAAUACCGAGCAGUCCUUUGGAGUCCCCGAAAAGUCUUACACAGCAUUGGAGCAAAGAGCUGCAGGACCGCGAUAGUGGAAUCGAGUUACCUGCGGACGGCGGAUAA